AUGCUUUUCAUUUUGAUUUUAUUUGUCAAAAUUAGUUCUCAAUAAUCAAAUUAGUAAAAAGAGAAUAAUUAUUUAAACUUUCCCUUGCUGAAUUUAGAAAGAGAAUAAGUUAUAGGGAGUUUUUCGAAAUAUUCGCCUUUGAACAAUAUUCUUCAUUUAGAGAAUGUGCACAAAAGAAAUUCCCAUAGCUAUUUAAUUUAUAUGGCAAAAUAAAUAAAAACUUAGAAGCUCAGGAUAGCAUAUUAUGUUGAAUUUUUAAUUGAAAUUCAAAGAAUUGAUCACUAUUUUAUUAUUUAAACUUGCUCUAAUUAAAUUGAAGUCUAAUUUAAAAUAAACAUCUUAGAUUAUGAGGGAAGAUGGUGUUUCUAGUAUUUGUACUUUAAAGAUGACUCAGAAUUAAUAAUUGGAUUAGAAUGUGGUGAUUAAAAUUAAUUCAAAAGUUAUUAUAGUGACAGAGUUUGCUUUUAAGAGCUAAUAUAUAUUUAUGGAUAGAGUAUAUAAGUAUUUUUAAAAAUUUACAUUAGUUUUUGAAAUAGGGAUAGUUAUAAAAUUUAACAUUAAUGAGCUUUCCUGGCGAGGUUUAAUUAUAUUAAAUAUCAAAUUUUAUGUUUUUACCUGAAUACAAAGAAGAGUUUCUAAAUGGGAUAAGUUAAACAUUAAUUUUUAAUCCAUUAAUUUAAUAUUUAUAAUACUCCCCUUUAAAUGUUGAGAAUUUGAUUAGUUAAUUUAUUUAUAAUAAGAGCUAUGAUAUUUAGUUUUGGUCGAAAAUAAAAAUUAAAGAGAUUAAUUAAAAAAAUUAAAUAUGUAUUCUUUAAAUAAAACCUCAUAAUUUUGAAUUUAAUCUAAACUUAAAGAUCUUUUAACUAAGCUACAUAAAAUAAUAGGAUUAAUGGUUUUACACAAUAGAAUAUUAUUCAUAUAAUUAUCCUUAUAUUAAAAAUAUAGAUUUCAUGGAUGAAUUAAAAAAAAGUUUUUCUCAAAAUAUAGAAGUGGAAUUUAUCACUUAAUGGCAUUUUAUAGAAAUAAAAUAUUUACUUAAUACACUUUUAAUUUAAUUGAAUAGUUUUAUUACUAACAAAAAAUAUGAGAUAGAUUUUUAAAAUGUUUAUUAAUUUUCAGAUAUAUUACUAGCCUUUUAUUUUGGGGAGAAUGAUUAAUAAAAUAGCAAUAUAGAGGGAGAAAUUGGAUAGUUUAGUUAUUUUAAUUAUGUAAGUUUAAUUAGUCAAACUGAUGAUUUUGGAAAAUAACAAAGUUGUCACUAUUCUUGUUUAAAUUGUUGGGGUCCUUUUAAUAAUCAUUGUUUAUCUUGUUUAGAAUCAGAUAAUCGUAUAUAUGAUUAAUAAGCUAAUACUUGUUAAUGUAAAUUGUGGUAUUAAGAAGAGAAAGGAGGAAAAUGUUAUGGAUCUAGUGACAUGGAAUUUAUAGAAAAUUUUGAAUAUUUACCUGAAGAUGAGAGAUAUGAAUCUGAAAAUAAAGAAAUAAUAUGUUCAUAUGGUUAUUUCAAAUUAAAUGACUAAUGCAUAUAAUGGUAUUGAUUUUAAAUUUAAGAUAGUCCAUCAGCAUCUUAAAAAGGAAUACUUAAUUGUGUAGAAUGUUUAAUAAAUCCUUAAAAAUGGAUAAAGAAAGGUUACUGCGAAGAAUAGUAUUCAUAAUAUGAAGGUUCUUAAAAUAAUGUAUAUUUGGAUACUUAUAAUGGAAAAUAAUAAACGGUACAGUUCUUUAUUGUAAAUGAAGAAGUUGUUAGCUGUGAUGGAUGCAGUACUUGUUCAGAUUAAACGAUUAUUGAAGGAUAAGUAGAUUGUUUUUUAUAUGAAGAUAAACACUUAGAUUAAGAUGUUUACAUUACUUGCUUUUUUGGUGAAUAUUAGAAAGAUGUAAAAAAGUGUCUUGAUUAUUAAGAUUCAAAUAAUUAUGAUGGUCGAUUUUAAUGUUAAGAAUCUUGUGGAUAUUGUAUGUUUAGACAAUGCUAAUUUUGUAAAGAUCCUUCUAAAUAUUUUAUGGAUAUUUUAGGUUUUUGUAGACGAUGUGAUAUAGAAAAUUGUAAAUACUGUUUUUAAUAUAAUUUAUAUGAUAGAAAUUAAGUUUCACUUAUGUAAGGAGAAAUUGUAUUAAAUGAAGAAGAUUAUGUUAUAGCAUGUUCAUUGUGUUAUCCAGGAUUUGUUUUCGAUUUUUCAAUUAAUUAAUGUAUAGAAUUUACUGUAAGUUAUUAAUGCAUAGAUGGUUUUAUUAUAGAGGAUUAAUUUAUAUGUACUAACACUCUUUUAUCAAUAUUAGAAAUAUAAAAAAAUAUAGCAAUUUAAUUUGAGGAUUGCUUACAAUUUUAUUCUAAUUGUUCUAAAUGCCUUUAAGAUUGGUUUGGAAUGAUCAUAUGCAUAGAAUGUUAAUAUGGUUAUUUUCUUAAUUUCUUGAAUGGGAUCUGUCAAUUAUGCUCUGAUAAAUUUAAUAAUUCAGAAACAUGCCAAAUGUCAUCUUCUUCAUAAGAUAAUUGGAAAAAUUAAGUACACAGUUUUUAUUUAAAUUUUAAACCAAAUAAGAUUCCAAUUCUUUUAUAGGGAAUGUAUUUUGUAAAAGAAUAUGAAAUCUUUAAAUGUUAAGAUGGCUACAUGAAAUUUAGUUUAGGUUGUUUUUAACUCAAAAAUUAAGAUUGUCUUGAAUUUGAUUUAGGCAGCUCAUUUUGUAAGACUUGCAAAAAUAGUUAAGAUAAUAUUCCCAUUCUAUCUUAUUUUGAUAAUUAAUGCUAACAAUGCCCUUAUCCUUGUUAAGUAUGCUAAUAAAUCUCUUAAGAUUUAAUAUCAGUAAUUAAUCCUUAUUUUAUUACAAAUGAACAAUCUAUUAAUUAAACUCAUUUUUGUGUUUUAAAUUUUAAUUAAAAUUUAACUUUUAUUGAAACUCUAACAGGAUAAAUUAGAGCCAAAGAUUAAUCUAAAAGAAGAUAUUACUUACAUUUAGAACAUUAUAAUUUUCCAUCACUUCAAAAUCCCUUUUAAAAAUUUGAUAUUGUUUUAAAAAAAUAUUUAAUAAGAGUCAAACCUACAGUUUUUAUUUAAAAAUUUAAUAGUUAUACCGAUUCAAUACCAUUCAAUUUUAGAGAAUAAAUAUUUUCUUUAAAAAAUUCCACUUUUCUUUAUGAUGGAUUUAAUGAUAGCCAACAUCAAAAAUAAUUUGUAAUUACGAAUUAAACCACUGUCAAUUUAAAAAAUGUUAAAAUUUUUCAUCAAUCUAAUCAAUUUAUUUCGCAUUCUACAUUUGGUGUAUCUCUAUUCAUUAAUAACAUUUCUAUCUCAAACUUAAACUUAGAAAAAACUAUUUUUUAAUUUGCAUAAGCAACUAGUGUAUAUAUUCUUAACAUACAUUUUUCGAAUAUGAAACUUUUAAAUUAACCUUUAUUUUUGAUUCGACAUUAUCCAAUAUAAUCAAAACAAAAAUUCUAUAUACACAUUGAAAAUAUUAUUAUUCUUGAUAGCAACUUUACGAAUACUUCAAUUUUUUCAUUUUACUUACAAUCUUAAUCAGAAUUUUCAUACAUUAAUAUCAACGCAAUAAAUGUCAUAAAUAGCUAUUUUAACAAUGCUUCAAUACUAGAUAUCAAUUCAAUUACUUUUAAUAUUUCUUAUUCAGCAGAAAAGAUUUUAUAUAAGAAUUCAUAAUUAAUUUAUAGUGCUUUAUUUAGAAUUCCUACUUCAAACACUGUCUCUAUUUAGAAUUUAGAUAUUUUGUAAUCUUAAUUUUCUGAUAGCAUCAUAAUAUCUUCAAUCUCCUCAUUUGUUAUAUAGAAUAUAUCUAUUUAUUAAAGUACUUUUACAAAUAGUAGUUUAAUUAUAUUUACUGAAUUAUUUCAAGAUAAUGGACACUAUCAUUUUAUUUAUAAUUUAACUUUAGAUCGUUUAGAUUUCUGUAAAGCAAGUUUGAUUUCUAUUAAAAAUGAUAAAGAUUUAUUAGGAAAUAUAAAAAUGUAAAACUUUAAAAUUCAAAAUAUAUCAUCCUCAUGCGAAAAUUCUUGUAGUACGAGUAAUUGUAUAUUUUCUUAUAACAGCUACUCAAUUUUAAUUGAAAAUGCUACCAUAAAUAAUAGAAAUUACUUUUGGUAUUUUUGCCUUUAAAAAUUUACAUUCAUAAAUUUUAAUAAUAUAUUCAUUGAAGGAAAUAAUCUUUUUUCUCAUUCUUAAUUAUCUUAGAAAAUUUAUUUGCUUAAAUAAACCUUAAGUGAAUAAUAAGAACUAUGUGGAGUAAUCUUUAUUUAAGAUUUCUUGCAUAUCAAUAUGAACAAUUUACAAUUAAAAAACCAAUUUGUUUUAAAUUCUGCUUUAAUAUUAUUGAUUUCAAAAGGUAGAGCCUUAAACAAUUAAAAUAUAAGAAUUAACUCUUUAUCAAUUCUAAACAAUUAUCUAAUGAAAACAUAAAGCACCUAAUUUGCUAGUUUACUUUAUAUUAAUUCUGAGUAUUUUUGUGAGACUUUCAUAAAUUAAUCUUCUUUUUAAAAUAACUUGAUUAUUCAUUUUUUAGAAGAUUAUUCAUUCAUUUCACCUGGACUUAUUUAUAUCAAAAUUUAUUAGUAAAAUAUCUAUUUUUAUUAAAACAUCUUUUAUAAAAAUACAUUAUUAAACACAUCUAAUUCGUAAAUCUAUUUGAAUUCUUAUCAAGUUAAGAUCAAAGAUAUAAAAGUCUAAAAUAAUAACUAAAAUUAAAGAUAUUAAGAUAUUCCUAAUAAAUCUGUAGGUGGAUUCAUUUUUGCUAAAACAGAAUAUUUUUUUUUAGAUGAUUCAAUUUUUUAAAAUUUGUUUGCCUAUUAAGCAUCUUGUUUAUUUUUAGAAUUGAUUAGGUUAGGUAUAGUUGAAUUAAAUAAUAUUGUUAUUGAGAAUGCAACAAGUUGGUCUAAUGAUUAAGAAAAUGCAUUAGGAGGAUGUUUAGGUAUCAAUUCAAUGAAUUCAAAUUUAAAUUUAAAUUUAAAUUCAAUCAAAGUUAAGAAUUGUAAAAGUAAACAUUCAAAUGGAUUUCUGUAUUUGAUUCCAUCUAUAAUAAGUAAUUAAGUUAUUUUUAAUGAUAUCAUGUUUAUAAAUGUGUUCUCAUAGAGUAAUUUACUAUUUUAUUUUGAUUUUUAAUCCAACAAUUAAAUUAAUAGUGUAAAACUAAAAAAUAUGAUGAUAAUAUUUGAAGAAAAUGUUUAUUAAAAGACUUUUAGUGAAAUUAUUGAAUAGAAUAAUCUAAUUUAAAAUAGUAUUAUAUCGAUCUUAAAUAGGUAAAAUAUUAUUUAAUUUUAGUAAUAUAUAAAUAAGUAAUCUAUAUUUUGAAGGGAUUUCUCCUUAAUCAAUCUUAGUUCUUAAAUAUUCUAAUUUAAUUUAAUUAAAUAAUUUGUACUUAAAUCAAGUUAAAGCAUUUGGAAAUAAUUUAAUAUCAAUACAAAACAAUGGAAUGAUGCUUUCUGAAAAUGUAUCCAAAAAGGUAUCUAUAAAAAUGGCAUUAACAAAUAUAACUAUAAUUAAUUCUAUUUUUAAAGAAAAUAAAAUGAAUAUUAAUAGUAUUAAAUCUUUGUUAAGUAUAAUAAUUUAAAAAAGGAAUUCAAAUUUAAAAGUAUAACUAUUUUUGGCAAGGAUUUAAUUAAUAGAGAAUUCAUGUUAAAUCUGUUAGAAUGGUUUAAUAUAUUUAUAAUUAGAUUAAAAUGUAUUAAGAUGUAAGAUAAUUGAACUUUUUCUACAUAAGAAUAAUUGUGGAUAAUCAGGAUGCUUAUUUGUAGAUCAAAGUGAAUUAGUUGAAUUAAUAGACAGUAAAUUUAUUUAAAAUAGAAAUAAUGGCAAAGGUGCAACGAAUUUAAGAGUAAAUAAUUUUAUUGGUAAAAAUCUCUUAUAUUUAAAUAACAUUGGUAUGUUUGGAGGAGGUUUAUGUUAUAAAUCUAAAGCUGAAUUAAGAAAUCUGAAAAAAGUUUAUUUUGUAAAUAAUUCUGCAAAUGUAGGAGGGGCUGUAUACAUAGAAGAUACUAGAAUAUAUCCUAACACUUUAUAAUAAAUAUUGUUUAUUGAAAAUUAUGCAAAAGAUUUAACAUCAAAUAUAAGAGAAUAGCCUAGUCAUUUAUAAUUGUCAGUGUUUGGAUAGAAGAUCAUGACUAUUAGAGAUUCAAAUUUAGGCAUUCCAAAUUUUAGUAAGUAUAAUACUGAAAAUUUUAUAUAUAUUCCAAGUGGAUAAAAGAUUGGGGAUUAUGAAUAAUCGCUUUCAAAUAAAGGAAUCCUUUAUUAAAGGUAUGAUAUAAACCUAUAGAUUUUACCAAUAAAUACUUUAGGUGAAAUUUUAGUUGAUUAAGAGGAUUCAUAAUGUUAUCUUGAUUUGUCAGAUUAUAUUAAUCAGUAAAAUAAGAUUAUAAGUAAAACUGAUAGAUAAUUAUAAAUAAUUACUUAUAAUAAUGAAAGUCAAUCUUAUGAUCUUACAAAUCUAACUAUUGUUCUUGAUCCUUAUUCAUAGGAAAUAUAAUUUUUAAGAUUUAAGUUUUAGUGUAAUUGUAUAAAGAAUGAAAAUUAUACUUAUUAAUUUAACACAAAAAGUUUUACUUGUAAAAUGGGAGAAUAUUAUUUUGAUUCUCAAUGUUUGUUGUGUGAUUUUAAGAAAGGCUUUUAUUCAGUAGAAUUGAAAGCAUAAAAUUGUUAAAAAGUAGAUCCAAAAAUCAUCAAAUCUAAUACAAUGAAUAAUGUUGAAUUGUAUCCAGGAUAUUGGAGACCAAAUAUUAGAAGUCAUUAUAUUUCUAAAUGCUUUAAAAAUAUUAAUAAUUGUUAAGGAGGAUGGCAAAGUGGAGAUGAUUCUUGUAAAGAAGGAUCUGUAGGAGCAUUAUGUGAAUAAUGUGAUAUUUAUAAUAUUAGAGGUUAUGGGUAAUAUUUUAAAAAUCAAAAUUAUUAAUGUAUUCUUUGUGAUGAAUAUGCUGGGAAAAUAUUGUUUAGUGUUUUCAUAAAUAUAAUGUAAAUAAUAAAUUAAUUAUAGAGCUAUUAUUUCAAUAUAUUUAACAGUUAUCAGUGUAAAUAGUAUUUUUAAAAGUUUUAAAUUACUCAAAAACACUACAAAAUAUUACAAAAUAAUAUUUCGUAGUAAUUUAGGUAAUUUAAAUUUAAAUAUAUGUAGAUUAAUCUGCAGCUCUUAUUAAAAUGAUAGUUAAUUAUUGUUAAAUAAUAGUUAGUAUAAAAUCAUUCUAAUCAGAUUUGUACGUAAACAUUGCAGAUUUUUUAUUACCCAUUAGCAAUCCUAUCGAAAGUUCGACCUUCUCCUAUGAAUGUUAUUUCGCCACUCAAUAUUCAAUAAAAAUAAUCUAUCUAACUUAAAUUUUGUACAUUAUGUUACCAGCUAUACAAUAUCUACUCUUUUUAACUAGUUAUUUAAUAUUAGUUAUUUGUCAAAAAAUGAAAUUAACAUCAACAAUUUAUUUUACAGCCUUAAUCUAUUUAUUUUUUUACACUCAACCUAACAUAAUAAAAUAAUUUGGAGGACUUAUAGCUAUGAGAACAAUAUCUAAGAUAGAUUAUAUAAAUAUAAAUACAUAAUAUUUAUAUCAUACUUAGGAGCAUUCUAAUUGGAUUCAAUUUUUUAUUGGUCCUGUUAUAAUAAUAUUUGGAUGCAUAAUUCCACUUCUCUUAUUGAUAAUACUCUAUAAAAUUAAGAAUUAUUUUAAUUAGGAGAGAACUAGAAAAAUAUGGGGUUAUCUUUUUAAUGAUUACAAAGAAAAUAGUUAUUAUUGGGAAAUAAUUAAAAUAUUUUAAAGAGAAUUAAUAAUGUUAUCAUUAAUAAUAAAUGAGGAAAGAGUAAUCUUAAAAAGUAUUAUCACUAUUCUUGUUUUACUUCUAUAUUAUUUUUGUUUUCUUUAAUUUUAGCCUUACAAUGUUAAAGCUUUGAAUUAAUUUGAAUAAGAAAGUAUUCUUUAAUGUGGGAUAAUCAUAAUUUUAAGUUCUCUACAUUUUUAAACUAAGCUUAUUGGAUUGUACACUAUUGAUACCCUACUUUAGAUUUUAUAAAUUAUAUUUUCCCUUUAUUUUAUUUAUUCUAUAAUAAUCUACAAAGUGAUUCAAGUAUAUUACACAAAAUAUGAUUAAAAACUUGAUUUAUUAAGAAAGAAGAUUUUAAUGAGACAUCCAUAAUUAAAAAAUAUAUGUCCUUCUUUAAGAAAGCUUUUAGUAUUAAGGAGUGAAAGAAAGAAGAAUGUGGUUUUUAGAUUUCAGCUCAUAAAAAAAGCGUUUUUUUAGUAAAGAUCAAACUUAAAAUCUUAAUAUAUUGGCCAUCGACUUAAAACUUCUUUAGGAAGUCCAUUAAAUGCUGAUUUUGGAGAAUAAACAUUCAUUCUAAAAUAACCAUCUGGUCUGUGA